AUGAGACCUAUUGUCGUCAAAAAGAUCGUUCUGUUUGGUGAUUCGCAAACUGAGCAAAGUUCCAAUCAAGCUGGUGGCUUCAACCUUGCGCCGGCGCUGCAGCACGAAUACUGGUCCAAGUUACAGGUCGUAACACAUGGAUAUGGCGGGUACAACACGGAACAUGGACGCCACAUCAUCGACGCCAUUCUGCAGGCAGAAACGCCGAUAGUGACCCAUACCACAGAAACUCGCAAUGCUGUGAUCAAGUUGUUGGUGAUGUUCUUUGGUACAAACGAUGCGGCAGAUCCCAGCCACAACACACAUUCACAAAGCGUGCCAAUCGACAGAUAUAAGGAAAAUCUAUCGUACAUGGUGGCAGCAGCCAAGCGACAUGGAGUUGAAGCAGUGGUCCUUGUAGGGCCUGCACCAGUCAACGAGCUCGCGCCUGAAGCGCCACUGGAUCGAUAUACCGAGAGGGCGAGACUGUACUCGGAUGCCGCAGCACAGGUCGCCAGACAAUUUGGAAAGCAAAGGAAUGUCGCUUUUGUUGACCUGUGGCAGGCAUUCAUGGAUGCUGCGGGGUGGAGCGAAGGACAGCCUAUCCCCGGGCAGAGGGAACGCGUUGAGGGCAAUCAAUUAGAUUCUUCCUCUCAAGGCCUCGCCACUCCUGGAACGCUCGCCGGGUUAUUGGCCACGGAUGGCGUCCACUUGACAGCGACCGGAUACCGAAUCUGGUACGGCCUGCUGCUGCAGACAGUCCGCGAACAGUGGCCGGCACUCAGGUCCGAAAAUCUGAAGACGAUCUUCCCACACAUUUUUGACAUAGACCCGAAGGACCUGCCCUCGUCAUUAUGGCAGCAUUUAGAGGACUGA